CGCGCCGCUCCGUUACUGGGAGUGAGAAUAUCGGGGGCGGAAGUGGAGUUCGGGGAUGUCGCGGGGAACGGAUAAGAUGGUGAAGGCGGCGAAGCAGUUCGCGGAAGUGCACUACAAGGUUUUCACCGCCCGCUACGGCCAACAGAUCAUCGACCUGCUCGAGCUCCCCAUCAAGCUCGUGCUCUCCCCCUUCACCCUCGCCUACGACCUCGUCGGCUCCGCCCCGCGCGGCUUCGGCGUCCCCGAGCUCGCCUCCCGCGUCUCCUUCUCCGCCAUCUUCCUCGUGGCGACUCUGGGCACGUAUGAUAUCGCGCUGGAGCUGGGAAAGAAGGUGCUGUGCCAAAGGAAUUGCCAAACCUGCAAUGGUUGGCAAGCAUUACGGUGUACUAUGUGCAAGGGUACGGGACAAGUGAAUUAUCAAGUGAAAAACUACACCCCGAAAAGUGGAGAGAGACCAACAGCUGAGCGUGUUGCAGAGGCUAUUUUGGAGAAUCGUGCUGAGCUGGUCCAUCUUCCUUCUACUGUUGAUCUUUCUGUGCCAUUGCCUUCCAAAGAAUGUCCAAACUGUGAUGGAUCUGGUGUAAUGGGUUGCCCCGAGUGCAAACAUCGAUUGCAAGUUAGAAUUUCUGCAGAUGAUAUUAUGGAGCCUCCUUGGAAAGCAUAUAAUGUUUUGAGGAAGAUGGACUAUCCUUAUGAGAACAUUGUCAAUAGCAUGAGGGACCCAAAAGUUGCUGCUUUUUGGUUGAUAACCUUACCACAGGUUCUGGGGGGUUUUAAUUAUGAUGAUGAUGUCAAGCAAAAGAUUUGGUGGGCCUACAAGGAAUCUAUGCGCUAUGAUCAGCUACGAGAUGUGGUUGCAAAGCGAAAACCUGGUUGGGAGCACCUCCAAGACGCUCUUAUAUCUUUAGAUCCUGUUCGUGCUAGGGAUGACCCUGUUAUCGUGAAAAACAUUCCCUACUACAAGGCAAAGAAAGCACUGGAGGGGGAAGUCAUGAAGCUUGAUGUACCUCCUCGACCUCUCAAUUGGGGUGAGUUGGACCUUCCACUAAAUGCAUCUUCAUGGACUGAGGAAGACCUGAAAGAUCCAAAGAAAUUGCUGGAGAUGACAACUCUUCUUAAUGCCCAAAGAGAAUUUGCUGACAAGAUAUUGGACUCUCAGUGGGAAGCCAAAUGGCGACAAGACAAGUUGAAUGAUCUAUUGAAGGAGAAGGUACAACCAUACAUCCAGAACAUUGAUAAAGGAGAUCUUCCUACACCUAUACUCAUAAAGUCAAAUGCUCAAGAAAACAAGAAGCCCAAACGGCGAAGAUGGUGGUUCUUCUGAAAAAUUGGCUGGUGUCGUAAAUACAGUUCGGCAUGGAGUGCUCCACAUGAAAGAGGUAGGUACAUAGCAGAAAAUUUUGUGCUUUUUGAUGUCACUCUUGCAGCUCUCAACGAAAGUACUGUUACUCUUAUGCAACUUAAUUUAAUUCGAGUAAUGCGGCAUCUGAUACAUUAUUUUCUUAUGUUUUUCCCCCUUGAGAGCAGUAAAACUUCCUUGCUAAAAAUUAUUAUUGCAUUUCACCUGUCUUUUUGUCAAUCAUAUGAAACUUGUAUUAUGAGGAUACGUCAAUUUCAAGCGCCUCAUUUUCCACCCUGCUAAGAUUGUUUACUAACUAGUCAUUACAAAUGAUCUUUUCUCAAA